AUGGCAUCAGAGAGGAAAAGGAACUGGAAUAAAGAAGAUGAUCUCCCUGUCUAUCUGGCCAGACCAGGGACCACUGCCCAGACCCCCAGGGUGAAGUAUGGGGGCAUGUUUGCUUCUGUAGAAGGGGCUUAUGAGAACAAGACUAUAGAUUUUGAUGCCUACAGUGUGGGCAAGAAGGGGACCAGAACCCCAAGGAGCAGCAGCAGGGCGGAUUUGGAUGGGGACAAUUUCAGUGAGACAGCCAGUGAUGUGAGCGAGAUCUCUGGAUCUGUCAUCAGCUCUCCUGGAGAAAGGGAAGACAGGACCCCAGGCAUUGAGAUCAAGUAUUCCGGUGGGAAGGAGCUGCUGCAGGGGCAGGACAAUGGCAAGAGUGACCGACUCCUCAUCAAAGGAGGAAGAAUCAUCAACGAUGACCAGUCAUUCUACGCCGAUAUUUACCUCGAAGAUGGCCUUAUCAAACAAAUUGGAGAGAAUUUGAUUGUUCCUGGUGGAGUAAAGACCAUCGAAGCUAAUGGACGUAUGGUUGUUCCUGGUGGAAUUGACGUUAAUACGUAUCUUCAGAAGCCCUACUUGGGUAUGACGACACUUGACGAUUUCUACCAAGGAACUAAAGCCGCAGUAGCAGGAGGGACCACCAUGAUCAUUGACCAUGUGGUUCCCGACCCUGGAUCCAAUAUUUUGGCCUCAUUUGAAAAAUGGCACGAGGUGGCCGAUACCAAAUCCUGCUGUGAUUACUCCCUCCACAUGGACAUCACCAGCUGGUACGAUGGGAUCCGAGAGGAGCUGGAUAUUCUGAUACAAGACAAAGGUGUCAAUUCAUUCCAGGUAUACAUGGCCUACAAAGAUCUAUACCAAAUGACGGAUAGCCAGCUUUAUGAGAUCCUUACCUUCCUCAAGGAUCACGGUGCUGUAAUUAUGGUCCAUGCCGAAAAUGGAGAUUUAAUAGCUCAGGAACAAAAACGUAUAUUAGAAAUGGGCAUAACUGGACCUGAAGGACACGCUCUGAGCCGACCUGAGGAGCUUGAAGCUGAGGCAGUAUUUCGAGCCAUUGCCAUAGCAAGCCAAAUCAACGCCCCUGUGUAUAUUACCAAAGUCAUGAGCAAGAGCUCUGCUGAUGUCAUCGCACAAGCCAGGAAGAAAGGUGCGUUAGUAUUUGGUGAGCCAAUUACGGCAAGUUUAGGAACAGAUGGAACCCAUUACUGGAGCAAAAAUUGGGCAAAAGCUGCAGCCUUUGUUACCUCCCCACCUCUCAGUCCAGAUCCUACCACACCUGACUACCUGAACACUAUGCUGGCAUGCGGAGAUCUACAAGUGACCGGAAGUGGACACUGCUCCUACAGCACGGCCCAGAAAGCCAUAGGAAAAGAUAACUUCACUCUUAUCCCUGAGGGUGUGAAUGGUAUAGAAGAAAGAAUGACGAUUGUUUGGGACAAGGCUGUGGCUUCUGGUAAGAUGGAUGAGAACCAGUUUGUCGCAGUCACUAGUACAAACGCUGCUAAAAUAUUCAACCUCUAUCCAAGAAAAGGGAGAAUAGCAGUCGGCUCUGAUGCCGAUGUGGUCAUUUGGGAUCCUGAUAAGAUGAAGACAAUUUCUGCAAAAAGCCACAAAUCGGCGGUGGAAUACAACAUUUUUGAAGGAAUGGAGUGCCAUGGAGCUCCACUUAUUGUUAUUAGCCAGGGAAAGAUUGUGUUUGAAGAUGGAAACCUGCACGCCAACCAAGGAAUGGGACGGUUUAUUCCCCGGAAACCGUUCCCAGAAUAUAUUUAUCAGCGCAUCAAAACAAGGAACAUGGUGAGCGGAUUGCAACCUGUGUCCCGCGGGAUGUAUGAUGGACCAGUGUAUGAAGUUCCAGACAAUCCAAAGUAUACAACCCCUGCCCCUUCUGCUAAAUCAUCACCCUCCAAACCCCAGCCUCCACCCAUCAGGAAUCUUCAUCGGUCAAACUUCAGUUUAUCAGGUGCACAGAUUGACGAUAGUAACCCUCGCCGCACAGGACACCGUAUCGUUGCCCCACCAGGAGGUCGCUCAAACAUCACAAGCCUUGGCUGACUAUUGGCUAAUAGAGAAAGCUGAUAAGAAAGAUCAUCACCAGAACAUUGUUCAAUUCUAUGUCAGUGUUAUUGAGCCCACAAUGUUUUUGCUACUAAUGGAAAAUUAAUUUUAAAAAAAUGGUCUGUUUUGUAUCGGAAAAGAUGGUCAUAGUGUGGUGAAGUGCUUGGAAUGGUUUGCCUCACCUUAAAGCAUGGAAUACACCCAUCACUGUAUUAGACUAGAGACAUCAGCUUUGUCUUGUAGCUAUCUGGUUGUUCUUUUGCACCAUUACGUUGUAUGUUGGGUUGGUAAUGCAUGGUUUUUGCGUUAUUUAUUUCUAAGAUGUAGCCUGUGAGUUUAAUGCCAACCGUCAUCUAGACACAAUGCCAAGAAUGACUUUGCCACCGAUAACUAAGAAAUGUGAACAAAUUUAUGUAUGCAGUAGGUAACUCAGUGUAUCAUGUUUCACUUACUUUUAGUCUUUUUAUUGUAACUAUGACACAGCAGGAGAGAUCACUCAUGUACAAAAAUCUGACUAACUGUACAGUUCUGUAUGUUUCACCACUGGGGAUAUUCACACAUACAGCUUUCUUUAAGCCGUGCAACACAAUGAGCCGGUUUGCAUGGGAUUUUGAUACUGUCAGUCCAGCGUAGCUGCCUAAUUUUUAA